CGCCCCUGACACUUCCUAAGAGACUCUCAGUCCUUUCUCUGCAGCUGCCGCUUGAAGACUCCGCGCUUCCCCCACCUAAGGAAAGAAGUUAUCCAUCUAAAUCAGUUGUCCUAUCUGCGUCCCUCGUUUCUCUCUCUGGGAGCCGCUUACCCCUAGCUCUUCCAUUGUGUUGUGCCUUUUCAGUUUAGCCCCGCUUGCUGCGUAAGACUUUCACUCCGUUUGCUGCAGGGAGAUUUACUCGAGAGUUUCCGAACCUCCAGCUGCAAUGGAGCUCUAUGGAAAGAUGGCCUCCGCCCAAGAUGCCAGAUAUGGUCAGAAAGACUCCUCUGACCAGAACUUUGACUACAUGUUCAAAUUGCUGAUCAUUGGCAAUAGCAGUGUGGGGAAGACAUCUUUUCUGUUCCGUUAUGCGGAUGACUCCUUUACAUCUGCAUUCGUCAGCACAGUUGGGAUCGAUUUCAAAGUAAAAACUGUAUUCAAAAAUGAAAAGAGAAUCAAGCUCCAGAUUUGGGAUACAGCUGGCCAGGAAAGAUACAGGACUAUCACCACAGCUUAUUAUCGUGGGGCCAUGGGCUUUAUUUUAAUGUAUGACAUCACAAAUGAAGAGUCCUUCAAUGCAGUGCAAGAUUGGUCAACUCAGAUCAAAACGUACUCUUGGGACAAUGCCCAGGUUAUCCUGGUUGGGAACAAAUGUGACAUGGAAGAUGAGCGGGUCAUUUCAACCGAGAGAGGCCAACAUUUAGGAGAACAGCUUGGGUUUGAGUUUUUUGAAACAAGUGCCAAGGAUAACAUUAAUGUCAAGCAAACAUUUGAGCGCCUCGUGGAUAUCAUCUGUGACAAAAUGUCAGAGAGCUUGGAGACCGAUCCAGCCAUCACUGCCGCAAAGCAGAACACAAGACUCAAGGAAACCCCUCCUCCACCGCAGCCUAACUGUGGCUGUUAGUGCCCCUCGCACACAGGCAGCUCCAGGGGGCUCCGGUUGCCAAGAAACAGCAUUCAUAAAUGGUCUAUUAGCCUUCACUUAUACUGCCUAAUAAUUAUUUGAAGGAAGUCUUUGAUGUCAAUGGCCCGUUCAUGCAUUCAAAUCUUGGGAGAUUUAUUGUGUUAAUAUGUGGCAAAUAUGUGAUCUUAAAUUUGUAAGGACUAUUCAUCUAUAAAAAUCUGGUACCUGCAUGUGACUUGUUAUUUACUUGUCUUCAAGUUUCAUUUCUUUUUGUUUUUUCAAAUUUCUUCUCAGUUAAGCUACUGCUGGGACUUCAGACUACCAUUUUGUUACAUCUGACUUUUGUGCCAUGGAUUCAAACUAUGCUACUCACUUGUAGAGAUGAUGAAUAAGGAGUUGCUUGAAUGUGUAUGUGUGAGCAGGGCGAGAUGGCAGGAGACUUAAUUUGCUUUCCUCUUAACUGAAAAUCAAGUGAAAAUGUUACUCUUUAGGGACAAUGUCACAGGUCAAUGUCACUAGAAACAAUGUAUCUAUUUUUCAUUCAUAAUUGAGGAGGCCAUUGACUAUAAGUAAAUUGAAAUAUUGUUUUUAAGGCCAUUACUAAGCCAUUACUAUUAACCUGACUGGAACCAGAUUUAAACAGUUAUAUCAAUUUACAUAUUUAAAUAAGCAAAUAUCCUUCCCCAGGACUGCUCUUUCCACUAAUUCUACCCAACUUUCUGAAUAUUUAGGAGCACUGAGCAGAUGAAAAGGUAUCUACUGGAAGCUAGUUAUGCAGUAAGUGUUUUAACCAAGAAGAGUGUGAGUAGCUAUAGAAUUCCAAGACCUGAGCUCCCCUACUUCCUUAGAGGCUUGCUCCCCACCACACAUUCCUGUACUACCACCACCACCACCACAACUCUCUGGAACCAUCAACAUUCGGAGUAGAAGUUAGGUUGAACCUUGUUAGUGCUUCUAUUCCUGUAGGAUAUAGACUUGCUUCCCCAAUCGUUGCCUUCUGCUCAAACCUCAGCUAUGUUCUUCUGUCUAUAUAGAAGUUGUUUGAGUAACGUUUCAAUGGGUCCUAAGUUGAGGAAGGACUGAUUUCCUCUUGACUGUUUUUUAAUCUGGGUGUUUGUAAUUGUGUAAGUCUUUAAACAUGCUUACUCUGCUUAGAGAACACUCUGUAGCUGAAAGUUCCAGGAAACCUUUGUAUCUACAGCAAUUUGAAAAAAGGAAAGGAAUCAUUUGAACAUCCAGACUUUUACCCCAGAUUUUCUGAAACCAAUGUAUAAAUUACAGACAACAGAUUCCAGUGUUGUGUGGAACCCUGUUGAGGAACUUGGCAUUGUGUCAAAGUCCAGUACUAUUUACAGUUAGGAAUUGGGGAGGGCAGUGAUCAGUGCUUGACAGAUUCUGAAAGUCACUUCCAUUAGGUUGACUUUCUCUUUUUUAGGGGGUUGUGUUAAGGAUUUUUUAAAAUCUUUUUUUCAAAAACAGAGAAGUGAAAAUAUUGGGUGCACAUUUAUUAUUUAAGGGUACUGAUAGGAAAAUAUGCAUGUAUCGAAAGAUGUCUCUGGAGAAUAAAUACCUACAAGUCAGGGAACUAAGUCACACACAUUAUCAGUAACUUAAAAGGUAAAAAAAAAAUGGAAAAGAGCAUUUGGGGUUUUUAAGCAUAUCCAUGCUCUUUUUUUUUUAUCUUUCUUAGUUUCAGUUCCACUAAUUGAUAAUAAAUUUCCACUCUCACAUCCUGUAAGAGUGAAGACAAGAAAACAUUAAUGUUUUAUUAGAAUUUAAUGGGGAAGCCUAAACCAAGUGUUCACUUACACAGUGUUGGACCACUAUCCAAGUCAGGGGAGAGCGAUGCAACAGUACCCCUGGUGUUCUUGCCAAGGUUCAUCCCACAAUUUCUAUCUUCCAAACCCUAAUGGAAGUGAAGAGUUCUGCAUUUAUUCUUAAUUCUGUAAUUGCCACCCUGUUGUGAAUUUCAUUGCAAAUAAUUCAAUGAAAUUUUUCUACAAAAGAAUGUUACAGAACUUAAAAGAAGGAAGACCCAUAUCCCUGAUUUAACACAUGCCAAGAGGAGUGAAUAUUCUCUAUUCCUAAUCUCAUCAAGAUAUCCUGGUUUUUAAAAUCAAAUUUGGCAGAUAGAACAACCAGCCCAGGGUUAACUUGGUGAGCUUCUAUUGACAUCAAGCUAUACUGUUUAUAAUUAUAGUACUAUAGUGCCAAGGUUUUUCAACCAUUUGGCCACUACACAUAUGUACACACAUACUCACAUGCUAUACCUACAUCUGCCAACAGUCCAAAUAUCUACACGUCAUUUUUACCAAUGCCUAAUCAAAUUUUUACCUUGCAUAACUAAAUUUGUACUUAAAAGAACAGGGCAUCUUUAAAAGUAUGCACUUGUGUUAGUUUGUAAACCUUAGACAUCUUCUCUUUUCAUCUUUGAGGCAAUUAAAUUAGUAUUUUAAGUCUAAAUUUCUCUUCCUUUGUUCAUCACCUGGCCAUUCUCCACACCUCAAAAUACAGUUAGGAAUAACUCUCAAUUGCUUCAGGAAGCAUCUUCCUGACUUAAAAUAGGGUCAGUUGAGGGUCAAUAUUCAUUUGAUGCCUAGUAUAUAAGUGCUAGGAUUUUUAUUUGGAAAACAAACUUUGAUGAUGCCCUUCAGUUUUAUCAGAAAGGUGCAGCAUGUGAUGAUAUAUGUGAAAUAUAAAUUACAAAAUUACAACUUACACUAUUUAAGACAAAUAUAUAUUUCACCUACUUAAUGCCUACCCAGAUUAAUUAUAGACAUUUUGUUGAUUUAGCACAUUAGGUAUUUUUUUAUGUGACGGAUUAAACUUCCAAUUUUAGCUACACUAUGCUGACAGAUUUUCAGGUAUACAGUUCUUUUUUUUUUAAAGGUAAUGCAUUCCACUACUAAACUUUCAUAAAACAACAUUAAUCUUGGACUGUCAUAGUUGAUAAUCAGUGGUUCAUUGUGAUGUGCUUUAUCCAACAUCUAUCUUAGUGCAUGGUUGAGGAUGUCCUACAAUCUUAAGUUACUGUGUGGCAUUUGUGGGACUGUAACAGCAAUGUAUCCACCCUACCAAGCAGUAGCAAGCUGAGGUAGCAGCUGCAUGAGAAAAACUGUGAUGUACAUCUUCAUUUAAAGUCAUGACUGAAAUCUUUCUAGACCAAAAAUUAGUGUGUUUGUUAAUAAUCCUCAUAGUACAGUUAGAGUGUUCAAUCAGGUAUUUUUAGGGAAACAGACGUGGGAGCUUGCCUGUCUAAGGAGCCCUUUGUCUCUCAAUCACUGAUUGCAUGACAGGAACUCUGUUCCUUUGUAUGUACACUCACUCAGUGUGCUCUGUCAGGGUGCCACAUGAGCAGCUAGACCCAAGUGAUCUUUCUAAUCAUGCCCAGAAAAAUGAUCUACUGCUCUGCUCAGCUCUGCCUAUUUGAGAGUCCGACCUGUGCAUUAGAAGUUUGGUAGUAAUGGUGAAAUCUUGCUGAUAUACUAAGCCUUUUAACAUUAAUGUCAACUUUUUCAAGUUCUUUACAUUUUAGAUGAAAUUUUGACCAAAGUCUGUUACAGAUAUAAACCUGUUUUAUACCCUAGAAUUCGCUGGAACAAAUUAGGCAAAAGAUAGUGUUUAUGACCAGAAUCUUCCCCUCAUCUUAAUUAUCUUCACCCUACACUACUCCUCAAGGGCUCAAGGUACUAGAAAUACAGUAUUCCUUAAGGAGGCAAAAACAGGUUGGGAAAUUUAUCUAAAAUGUAGCUACUUAUCAUUAUUGGUAUUUCAUAAAUAAAUGUAUUUUUAAAUAUUUCUACAAAUGCUUGACACUCUAGCCAAAUGAUAUUUCCCUUUGGUAGAUUGAAACAGUUUCUCCCAGGCUACACACAUUGCUGCCCCUCCCAACACACACUUACAACCCUGAUACUUUUUUAGCGAAGGGAAAAUUCCAUCCAUGGUGCUUUCUCAGGGCUAGGGGAAAAGGGGGUGUUUGCUAAGUGCCAACUGUAGCUCACAUCUUGUUUUUAAAGGCCCAUGAAAUAGAUUCUUCACACUGAUUUGAUGAGUCUGUGUGUCUGUGUGAAGAAAGAAUUCCCAUUAAACAGAGGGUGGAGAGAAAAUGCAUUCGGCAAACAUUCUAGUAAAAGAAAUGAAUUAUUUCAAAAAUCCCACAGAUAGCUUGGGUUGUCAGAUCAGAUCAUCUAGAACUUUUUAUUCAUGUUUUUCUUUUGUACUUCCUGAUUUGUUUUUGUUUCAGGGUUUUAAAAGCAUUAUCCUCAGAGACUGAGAGGACUAAGAAUAGUAAGUGAGACUCAGAUUUCACCAUCUAUUUCCUAUCUGCAGCUAUUAUUGGUGGAGUUUCAACCAGUCAUUACUAGCUAAACUGAGGCUGGGGGGUUACCUGUGUAUUUCAUUCAUCUGUGUUCAUAAUUUCAUUGUGGACAAUUGAGAGUUGGCUGUAACUAUUGCUUAAUGGAUAUAUUUUUAUAUUAAUGUUAUUUGGGGCCAAGGAUCACUUAAAGUUCAUGAGUGCUAUUCUUAUAGACACAAAUGGUACAUGAGCCACAUAGACACCUGGCCUUUCAGGGACGUGAGCAUGACUUACAUCUGACUAGUGAUUCCAUAUUCCUCCUUGUCAAAGUGAAGUUUGGGGAUGUUUGCUGUGUCAAUAUGACGAUUUUCAUGCAUUGUCUCAUCAUCCAUAGGCAGUGUGCUGAAUGAAAACUGUCCUGUAAUUCCUGUUAUAUAUUGUUAAUGUCAGAUGUGAUGUGAUACAGUUGGACUGUCCAAAUGUACAACUAUUUAAUGGUGUUUGUAGAACUGAAAUGUCUUAAAUGUUGCAUGAAAUAUGUUCUAAAAAUAGAUUUGUUUUCUAUUUUUCAACACCUCAGAAUUGAGGGUUCAUGGGCCAAUAAGUGCAAUAUUUAAUGACUUACUCAGUGUAUAUAAACUAGUGUGCAAAAGUGAAUUCUAAUGAAUGUGUGAGAUGCUUUGAUGGCUGUAUGCUUAUUCAAAUGAUUUCUUGUAGCAGUAUUUGUCUAGUGGUGCAAUUUAUACAGUAAAUAUCUUAUUGGUGUCAUGUGAAACUCCUCUGUGCCUACUUCAAAGUACUUCUUUUCCUAUAAGACCAAAUGUUUAGUAUCUGCAAAUACAUGUCAAUUUUACCUUUUGGAACUGUGGAUUUUAUUUUCAAAACAGAAUAAUUAUGAGUUUAUUUUAUAAAAGCAUUCCUUUGAUAAUUCAGAAUUCUUCUUAAGCCUCUUGUAAGAGUGUAUUAAGCAACUAAUUUAGAUACUAUGGGGAAAUAUGUGCAUAAAGAAGUGACUAUUUCUCUUUUCAGAAAGGUUGAUCACAUGUUAUGUCUACUAAGAAUUUUCACUCUUGAAUUUGUAUGUAUGUUUUAUUGUUACUCAACAUUUUACUUUGUUUUCAACUUGGAUACUGUCAACUCUGGGAACUCUUAUCACACCACUGUCUUUUUAGAUUAUAGCUGAUGUUAUGUUCACUUUCAAUUCUCAGUUGUCCACAUUGGUGAUAAAAGAGAAAUGCCAGUAUCCUUAUAUCACUUUGGUAUGUCUUCAUGAACUCAUAUAUUCAUCCUCAUACCCCCUUGGUUAAUCCCAAAUUUGGUGGCCUGAAACUUCACAGAGACAUAAAAUUAAGAAAUUAAGCCCAGUUGCUGGAUUACUAAAAGCUACAAAUAUUUAUGUAUAUGAAUGUUAAUUUAGGUCAACAACUUUAAACUCCUAGUUGCCAUUUCAAUCUUUAAGGUAAUGCCUCUUUUUAAUAUUGUACUUUUUUUCUCAUUUAGUUAGCUGGGUAAACCAUGAUAUCCUAAGGAAUAAAAACAAGUUACAACUUACUCAUUAAACAAUAAUGGAGUACAGUUGGUUCUAGAUGGUCAUGUCUGUCCAUACAUGUUAAAAAGGCUUCUGUUCUCCCUAUAUCACUUGACGGGGAACUGACAGGUGAAGAUGUGUUAGUCACAUUAAAUGGCUUUGGACUAUGUGGUCAAUAUGUGGACUGAAUUUAACUGUGAUUGAAAGUUGCAUUUAGCUCUCAAAAACCACUGAAAAAAUCAAGUAAACAUGGGCAAAACAGGGAAACCAAUGUUGUCUUUGUGCCAAAUUUUAAAAAUAAAGAGAAAAAAGAAAAGUGUUCUAGCCAACGAUAGAAUGAAAAUUUAAAGGUGUGGUUUAAAGUGUCAUUUGUUGUCACAUGUUAUUAAAUGCCACAUACUCAGUACUGUAGGAAUCAACCAUGCAAGAGGUAUGGCUCCUGUCCCUAAUGAGAAUGAGGAGAAAAAAGUGCAAGAUAUAAUCUAAGUGCUCAGUUAUGUCAAGAGCACAGAGAAUGGGGACCUUAAGGAACUGGAAGAGUCAAGAGUAGCUUCAUGGAGGAGGUCAGAUAGGAUCCCAGAAAAAAAUUAAAUAGUGAGGAGAUUGUGCCAGGCUACUGAGUGGCAAAGACCAUAGUAUAGUCCCUUUGAACGGGGGUGUGGCAGAGCUGGCAGCUAUAGAUGAUUGUUUUCUUCAAAGUGACCCUUUGAAAAACCUCAAGUGACCCCAGUUUAGCUCUUUGUCUUUCUGUCUCCGUGAGGAAGACAAAAUGUCCUUUCCCAUAUUCCUCUGUCUGGAGCAGCCUCAUGCUCAGCCACAAAAUCCAAGUUGCUUUAAAGCCACAUUAGAACCAUUAAUUUAGACAUUUGCCAAUGCCCAGAACCAUGAGACAUUGUUCAACCUAAUGUCACCCAGGCAGAUGUGACCCAGAGAUUUUUCUGUAGCUCCAUGUUUCCUGUAAAAGGAAUGAGAAAUGCACAGAUAAAAACCCUCCUUUGUACACCGGCACUUUUGGCUCCUUCGCAGUGACUGCACUGUGGAACUCUUCUUGAGAAAAUAGUGACAACAGCUUAACGCUUUCGUAUAGUGAUCGUGAUGUUUAGUUGAAAACUACUGCUGCAUAGCAAAUAUUGUGACUUCAUGUGUCCACAGGAGCGCUUGUCUGGGUUUAGAGCUAUAAAGUGUAUUCACAUUGUGAAGUUUUAAUUAUCUUUAUUGAAAUUAAUUGUGUAAAAAUUGGUAUGUGCUCUAUUAGGUAUUCAGUUUGUAUGUGAAUUCUGUGUGGAAAGUGGUUUUUGUUCUUUGAGUUUAUCUUGUUUUAUUUUUUGAAAACUACAAUAAAUAUCUAAGAGACUAUAUU